UUCACGAUGUAGCGAAGUAGCAACGUUUCUCGAUGCAGAGGUUGAAGCGAAGCACCCGUUGGUUGAUUUCCCAAUUCAAACGGGCGUUCGGAUAAUAAGCCAGAGAAAGCAAGAAUAAUCAUGCCGAAGCGAAAGCCGCUUCGGUGUUUCAUCUUUCUUGCUAUUUCCUGUUAGAGACUCUAUGACAUUCUACUAGGGACGUGGUUGCUAGUCAAAUUAGAAUGAUAUGAAUCUCUCCUAUCUUAAUCGCUUCCCUGAGCGUCUUGUUGCUCCUCUCUACUCUACAACUCCCAUCAGAAGCCACCGGACGGAUGAUAUUGCUAUUGAAGGUCGUAACCUGAAUUUCUCUUUCCCCACAAGGCAGGUGAAAGCUGUACCGAUUCUUCGGGAUUGUUCAAUUCGCAUUCCUUCUGGGCAGUUUUGGAUGCUUCUUGGACCCAACGGAUGCGGGAAAUCUACCCUCUUAAAGAUAUUAGCUGGUCUCUUAAAUCCUACUGCAGGAACAGUGUGCGUGAAAGGCCCCAAAAGUUUUGUUUUCCAAAAUCCAGAUCAUCAGGUGGUAAUGCCUACAGUGGAAGCUGACGUUGCAUUUGGUCUUGGCAAGUUCAAUCUGACCAAUGAUGAAGUGAAAUCAAGGGUAUCAAGAGCGUUGCAUGCUGUGGGCAUGUCUGACUACAUGCAGAGAUCUGUUCAAACUCUAAGUGGCGGUCAGAAGCAGAGGGUUGCCAUUGCUGGUGCUUUAGCAGAAGCUUGUAAAGUUCUGUUGUUGGAUGAGCUCACAACGUUCUUAGAUGAAAAUGACCAGGUUGGUGUUAUCAAAGCAGUUAGGAAUUCUCUGGAUACUUCUGCAGGGGUUACAGCAUUGUGGGUCACUCAUCGUUUAGAAGAAUUAAACUAUGCUGAUGGUGCCGUCUACAUGGAGGAUGGGAAAGUUGUGAUGCAUGGAGAUGCUGAAAGAAUUAAAAGUUUCAUUGAAUCCAGGCAAUCCGACUAUAUCAAACAGAUAAAUUCUUGAUCAACGCCCUUUUGGUUUCUGAAAUUGUUUCCAAUCUUUUAUAAUGCAAACACACACAUUAUUGAUGUUCCUCCUUCUUCACUUCGUCUUCUAUCCAAUCCCCACGUGACUUCGGGGAGCGGCCCGGCAUGUUUAUCUACCUCGCAUAUUAAAGCAAUACCAAUUGUUUUCAAUACUUUUAAGACGCUAAAAUGUGCAAUUUGUUGUGCAUGCAGAGGAUUGCAUAUAUGCUUUUGUGUGUAUGCACGGUCAAAAAUGGAUAUGUGAUGUCUACCCAUAAAAGAUGUGAAUGUAUAUGCACAUGUAUGUUUGGUAAGAGAAUAAGAGAAUAAUGGUUUACAAGUA